AUGGGUUACAAUACUAACGUUGGCCCUAUCAAUGAUGAAUCGCUGGAAAAGCCACCGCCGCUCGAUUUCCCGUGGUUUGGGAACCAAUGGCGCUACCUCAUUGUUACUCUUGGAGCGCCUUUCCUCAUGUUGUGCCAGGACAACGUGGAUGGCCGCCGACAUGAUGCCAACCAUGUUAGGACUCCAGAUCGUUCCAGGCCGGCCCGUCUUCAAGCCGCGCCGUCUGCAGCCCACCACCUUUGCCCCUGGCACGCCGUUCCAUACAACGAUGCGGCCUCUCCAACUUAUCCUGCCGUGCGCAUCACGACACAGUUUCCGCCCUCUGUGGCAGCACGGCCACUGGCGUAUCCGUCACCGAGGCAAACUCACGGCUUCUUGUUUGAGUCUACAUGGCAACUCCCAAGUUGGCCAGAAUGCCCUGUCCCGACGGGGCAGAAAGGCCGUUGCAAGAUUCCAUCAGUCUUCCCGGGCCUGUGGGUUCCCAGACAGUUCUUCGCCGACGCAUGA